AAUAAUCUCAGGGCUUAAACUAGAUAAAUAAUUUGUUUGAUUGAUAACCGGGGAGAUUAAUUGAAGUUUUUCAAUUUUAGAAAUAGAUCACAUUACAGAGAUCCGGCUGGUUGGACUUGGAAAAAAAAAAAAUAAUAGCUAGAAAGUUUUCCGCUUUUGUAGGCCAAUUUUGAACAGAAAUAUUAAAAGAAAAUCUAUGAUAGAUUUUGCUUUAUUCUCAUUUUUACCAGUCAGUGAAGUGUUUACCUAUCAGCUACUUUCUUGAAGAUGAGCAUAAACAUUUUGUGGAUUUGUUACGGAUUUUUCUUUUUUAUGCAGUUUUUCGUGGGGUUGCUAAUAAUUAUUUUUUGAAUCGUUUCGCGUUCUUGGUUUAUUAAUUUGCGGGAUUGUGUUAGGUGUUCCCAAGAAUAUAAUUCUCAGAAACAAUGACAGAAGACGUUGUUGGAUAUUUUCCGGACCGGGAUCGAGGUAAAAAAAAAAGAUCGGUCACAAUUCUGGGGGAGAUUCAGGUGUUUUUAUUUAGGCAUUUCUUAUUUAUUUGCACUUUCACGACUUUCUCCUAGUAGUAAAUAAAGAUAGGCAAAAGGCGAAAAGGAAAAUGUUCAAAAACCGGUUAGUUCAACGAAGAAGUGAAACAAUGACGCCCAUUUUCGUUUCCGUAUUCAAACUGCUAUGGGAAAAUAAUAUUCAAUUGGGUCUAGCUAUUGAUCAAGUGUUGUUCCCAUAUUUCAUCCUUCUGUUGUUUUCCCGUAUCCAUUCAAAAAUCGUCAACAAAAAUGACGGAAGAUGUCAUUGAAGUAUCGGUUGAUGUGCUCUCCCAUUCUCACCGAAUUGCUAACGAAAACAACUGCCCAAGUGAUUCUCGUGUUUACGGUGUUCUCGUCCGCAACGCGACCAAGACAUUUGGAUCUGGAAGUAAGAAAUGUGCAGUUCUUCAAGGACUGAACUUGUCUGUUAAACGAGGAUCAAUAUACGGAUUGCUAGGACCUAGCGGAUGUGGAAAAACGACAUUGUUAAAUUGUCUCGUCGCUUUACGCUCCUUAAACGGUGGGGAGAUUCAGGUGUUGGGGCACGAACCAGGCUCUCCUAAAAGCGGAGUUCCCGGACCGCAGGUUGGCUACAUGCCACAAGAAUUAGCCCUGUACGACUAUUUUACCAUAAAGGAGACACUUACAUACUUUGGUCGCCUUUAUAAAUUGAAGGCGGCUUUCGUAAAAUCGCAAUGGAAGUUUCUGUCCAAUUUGUUGGAUCUGCCCCCGUGUGAUCGUUACGUCAAGACGCUGAGUGGCGGACAGCAGCGACGCGUCUCGUUCGCCGUCGCUUUGUUUCACGAUCCUGAUUUGCUCAUCUUGGACGAACCGACAGUUGGCGUUGAUCCUGUACUCAGACGCAGCAUUUGGAAUCAUCUUGUGCGUCUAAGUGUCGACCAUGGCAAAACGGUGAUCGUCACGACUCACUACAUCGAAGAAGCAAGACAGGCCAACACGAUUGGAUUGAUGCGUUGUGGUCGUUUAUUAGUCGAGGAUUCGCCCGAUAAUCUGUUAAGGAAUUAUGGACUCUCAACAUUGGAGGAUGUUUUCCUUCAACUCAGCAGGAAGGAAAAUUCUAAAAAUCCAGAAGUCGAAUCUGCAGAAAUUGAAGCAAAUAUGGCCAGCACGAUUCCGGGUUCCAGUGAGUCAGACCCCAACACCGGCGCAGCGCAAACUCUGCCAGAAAUCGCCAGAGUUUCCUUAACGAAUUUGGACCGUCAGUGGGACAUAAAUGGAAUUGCUUUGCCACCGACUGAUUGCUCUUCUCCUACAAACAGGCAAACAAGCCCUUGUGCACCCAUACUACAUACUACAUCCGGAAGUGCAUUAUUGGAAGAAAAAUGGGAAAUAUUUAAAAAGGCCCUGCCAUCCCCCUAUCGGGUUGGGGUCCUUGUUCGGAAGAAUUACUUGGUGUCCAUUCGGUUUACAUUACUAUUUAUAGCGACUUUCUUCGUGCCUGCCAUCCAAACUUUCAUCUUUAACUUGUGCAUCGGACAAGACAUGACUGGCCUCAAAAUGGCCAUUGUUAAUGAGGAAAUCGAUGCGAACCAAGGUCGUCUAUGCAACUAUGCGACUGAUUGCUCUUAUUUUAUGCUCAGUUGUCGCUAUCUUCGAAACAUCAAGAACAACAUAAUCCAGGUUCCCUAUGAAAAUUUAUCGGAUGCUCUGGAAGCUGGAAGGAAUGGUCAAGUUUGGGGCGUCAUUCACUUUGGUCAAAAUUUCACCGAAGAAUUUGAGAUGCGGGAGGAUUCGAUGAGUAAAGAAAACAUAAUUGGGAGGCAAAUUAACAUCACAAUGGAUUCUUCCAAUCAACAGAUUGAUGCGUUCGUUAAAAAAUGGCUUGGGGAAGCUUAUCGUAAUUUCCUCAAAGAAUUUAUGGGUGCGUGCGGGUACAAUCCAGAAGCCAGUUCAUUGGCUAUUGAGUUCGUCGUUCCAGUCGAUGGUCUCAAAGACACAAAAUCCACUGAAUUUAUGGCUCCCGGUGUUAUUUUAUCUACUGUCUUCGGCUCGGCUCUAAUUUUAGGAUCCGAUUCCUUUGUCCGUGAAAGAAUGCUCGGUCUUGUUGAACGCAGUUUAGUCGCUGGCGUAAAGAUGAAUGAAGUUUUUAUCAGUUAUUUAGCCAAAGAAUCCAUUACUAUGAUUAUCCAAUCAUUAUUACUUUACGUAUUCCUGUUGCUUUGCAACAUUCCUUGUCUGGGCAGCGUAACCUUGGUGAUAUUCAUAAUGUUUCUCGAAGGAUUUUCUGGAAUGUGUUUUGGUAUGAUGAUAGCCUCAAUUUGCGAUACCACAAGUGGCGUUCUUUACGUUGCGCAAUCCUAUUUUCUCCCUAGAUUAUUUUUGAGCGGACAGACGUGGCCCAUCGAAGCAAUGCCGGUGUUUCUCCAAUAUGUCGCCUGCUCACUUCCAACGACUUAUGCAACGGUAUCAUUAAGAAAUGUUUUAUUACGAGGUUGGGGUCUAGAACGACCUGAAGUUUAUUUUGGAAUUUUAACCACUGUUGCGUGGAUUUUUGGUUUUUUAAUUGUUGCCUCCGUUGUUUUACGGUUGCGCAAAUAUUCGAGUUAAAAACAUGUUCGUUUAGACUAGAAUUUUUAACGAUGAAAAUUUUUUUAAAAUAUUUAUUCCUUCAAUCACAAUCACGUAUUUGCCACCACAAGUUGUCUGUGGUCACUGUAUAUACUUAAACUAACCCGCACUGAGAACGAAUUUAUUCAUAUGAGGUUUUAUUGAUUUUAUUUUGGCAUUAGCUAACAUGUUUACUUUGUCUGGCAUAGCGUAGUUUAUCCUCACUGUAUAUAAUUGGUAUGUUGAUAAGACCGAACGACAAUUUGAUCCCCAUUCAAUGUUGUUUGCCUCCAUUGGACGAACUUCAUUUUCUUGUGACGGAUGUAUUCUCCUGAAAC